ACACACGGUUCCACGCUAGCGGUCAUGUGUGGUAUGACGUCAUUACGUUGAGUGCAUUAAUAGAGGAAGAAGGUCCAAGGGUACACACUGGGAAGGAACGGUUGACUAAGCUCUGACAUCUGCCGCUGCUAGAAUGUCUCUCUCUCCGAUCCAAAUCCGGCUUCUCCCUAACCCUCGCUGUUUCUUCGACGAGCAGGUGCAUGUGAAGGUAGAUGGACUUUCUCCGCACCAGAAAGUGGAGUUGAAGUCCAUGGUCAAGGAUGAUAAAGGUGUCAUCUUUAAAGCGUCCGCACUCUACGCUGCAGAUGCUACAGGACAGGUAGAUUUGUGCCGCUCUCCCUCUUUGGGAGGCAGUUACACAGGAGUUGAACCCAUGGGCUUGUUUUGGUCCAUGACGGCCCAGACUCCUCACAGUAAACUGGUAAAGAGAGACGUUACGGACCCCAUGUUGGUGGACAUCGAGGUGUUCGAUACGGACGGACAAGGACCGGUUCUUGGUACUGUGACCACCGAGAGAGCUUUCCUGGGGGGAGGAGUGAGGCGGACCCCGGUCAGAGGAGAGAGAAUCAAAGGGACCCUUUUUACCCCCCCAGGCCCAGGCCCCUUCCCAGGAGUCUUGGACCUGCCUAUGAUGUCUAGAAAUAUAUCAGAGGUCAGAGCCUGUCUCCUGGCCAACAAAGGUUUUGUUGUCCUGGCCGUAGCUCUGUUUGGGUAUGAGGACCAGCCCAAGAAGGUGAAGCACCUUGACCUGGAAUACUUUGAGGAGGCCGUGAAGUUUCUCAGAGGAAGACCUGAGGUGCACGGUGCAGGUAUAGGUGUGUUAGCUAUAUCCAAGAGUGGAGACGUGGCCCUCUCCAUUGCGUCCCAUCUACCUGGCAUCUCAGCAACUGUCGCCAUCAAUGGCUGCAACUUCAGUGUCCACUUUCCCCUGCAUUACAAAGGCACCGUCAUCUCCCCUUCUCCGUUACCAGUCUGGGACAAGAUAACCCCCACACCCUGCGGCCCCCUGAAUGUCCGCGAGGCCACGUCGAGUGACGUGAACCAGGCUUCCGAGAUUCCAAUCGAACGUUCCGGUUCGCCGUUCCUCUUCGCGGCCUCCGAGGACGACGGCAACUGGAAAAGCUGUCUCUAUGCGCAGAGGGCGGUGGCCCGGCUGAGGCGCCACGGCAGAGAGAACGUUGAGGUGGUGACAUACCCCGGGGCGGGACAUUACCUGGAGGUGCCUUACAUGCCCCAUUGCCCGUCUGCCAUCCACCCCGCUGUGGGUAAAGUGGUGGCGUUUGGGGGAGAAGCUAAACCCCACCAUGAAGCUCAGCUGGACCUGUGGAGGAGGAUCCAAGAGUUCUUCGGAAAACACCUGGAGGGCAGACACAACAUCGCAGAGAAAUCUAGGUUAUGAAAUAGAGGGUCACAACUCACAGGUGUGAAAUUAGUCCAUCAAAUCUUGCUAACAUACAAGACCAUUUUGACCUCUGAGGGCCCCAUGAGAACCCACAAUGUUGACAACUUUCUCUCAUAACAGUCCCUGAAUGUCCAUGGCUGAUCAUUUGCUUUGCAUUUCUCUACCUAACAGAGACACACUACAGAAACUAGUAAAUAAAAUCAUGUGAAUCACUACAAUUCAA